CUACGGCGUCUCAGAGAGGUCAUUUCCGUGGCAGUAGGCUGUGAGCGCGAAGGGGAACAAUGAUGUCGGAGCAGGAGGCUGUGAAGAGGAACCGCGGAGGAGUGCAGCGUGUGGAGGGGAAACUGCGCGCCAGUGUGGAGAGAGGAGAUUACUAUGAGGCCCAUCAAAUGUACCGGACCUUAUUCUUUAGGUACACGGCUCAGUCGAAACACGCAGAAGCCCGAGAGCUGAUGUACAACGGAGCGCUGCUUUUCUUCAGCUAUAACCAGCAAAACAGCGCGGCGGAUCUGUCCAUGCUCGUCCUGGAGGCUCUAGAGAAGCCUGAGGCCACGGUCGAGGAGGACAUUCUGGAGCAACUGGUGAAGCUGUUCAGCAUGAUGGACCCCAACUCUCACGAGAGAGUGGCUUUUGUCUCGCGAGCGCUCAAAUGGUCCACGGGCGGCUCAGGGAAGCUCGGACACCCCAAACUGCACCAGCUGCUGGCGGUCACACUGUGGAAGGAGCAAAACUACAGCGAGUCCCGCUAUCACUUCCUGCACUCCUCGGACGGUGAGGGCUGCGCCCAGAUGUUGGUGGAGUACUCGGCCGCGCGAGGCUUUCGCAGUGAAGUCGACAUGUUCGUGGCUCAGGCCGUCUUACAGUUCCUGUGUCUAAAGAACAAAACGAGCGCCUCGGUGGUGUUCACCACGUACACACAGAAACACCCGUCUAUAGAGAAAGGACCUCCGUUCAUGCAGCCGCUCCUCAACUUCCUGUGGUUCCUCCUCCUGGCUGUGGACGGUGGGAAGCUGACAGUCUUUACAGUAUUAUGUGAACAGUAUCAGCCAUCGCUCAAGAGGGACCCCAUGUAUAAUGAGUACCUAGACAGAAUAGGACAGCUGUUCUUCGGCGUUCCACCCAAACAGUCCUCAUCCUACGGUGGCCUACUAGGGAAUCUCCUGAACAGUCUAAUGGGGUCUGGUGAGGAAGAGGAGGGUGAGGAGGUUGGUGAGGACAGCAGCCCCAUCGAGCUGGACUGAUCAUCACGUCUCCAAAACACAACGUCUCCGUCUCUCUCACAAAACCACACUGAACUCAAACUUUACUUCCUUUUUUUUUCUUCGACUGCGUCUCCUGGAAUACGUAGCUGCAGGUUUUUUUUUUCUCCUGUAGUUUUCAGAAGAGGUGAUUUGGUGCAACUCCUGGACUGUGACUACACCACCACCACCCACACCUCCACCAUGUCCUCCACCCACACCUUCACCCCCCUCCCCCCUGAGAACAAACAAUAAAUACACGGGUGUGAAGACGUGACGCGUGACCGAGAGCCGCCGCUUCACGUGCAGACGGCGCCGCGUCGACACCCAGACGGGUUUCAGGUCUCAUCAGCGCUCGGGAGAUCUCACCUGAGGAUUAACGAUCAAACGCAAGUGUGUGUGUGUAGUGCAAGUGCAGCAUUAAAACAUUAUAAUAACAACA